AUGAGCAGAGUGCCAGGACCCCCCCAGCGACCUUCAUCGCAGACAACCGGAUCGGCAAAUAUAGAGCCGACGCCCUUCGAAAUCCUUAUUGCCAUCGGCAACAUUCUGACUUGGCUUCUCGCGGUCUAUGUGAUUUGCCUUCGCGUGCAAGCAAGAUGGGACCUUGAGGCCCGCUAUCGCGCCCAUGUCGAAGCAGAGAGACAACAGGUGGCCCGGGUGGAGGCAGAGGAGCAAUGGAGCGACCCGGCACCUGCAGAGAACCGAGGGCAAAAGCGCAAGUUGCACCAGAUCCUGGAAGAGGUCGACGUCGAUCAAGGUUGGGAAGAUGAGAUAGUGGAACAGCAUGGUGAGACUGAAAGGUUGACGAUGAGGGAGGUUGAGCUCGACAGCGACGAUGAGAUCGAAGAGCGAAUGGAGGUCAUGGAGAUUCUCAGUCGGCAGGAGUUCGAGCGGGAUUAUGGACGGUUGUGGAGAUGGUAG